CGCAACGUCACUUCGCAGGGCCAGACCUUCGCAAGUGGCCACGCAAGCCGCUCAUCGGAAAUACAGACGUGAUGUGGAGAUGACAUUAUUUCUUGCAUCUCUUUCAUUGGCGUGUCAUCGAGAAUUGCCGUAUGCCCAUGGGGUCUAGCUUUGCCGAAACAUGAGCGAAACAUGCGCCAAUCCCCUGUUGCUGGGGUGGAUCAAAGAAUGGCUCGACCAGGCACGAGAGCGCAAUAGCAAAGGAGCGAUCGUGUACAAGAAGGCUUAUGAUUCCAUGAAAGCUUGUCCACUGGUCUUCCAGCAUCCCUCGGAAGCCCAACAACUCAAUGGAUUGGGUCCGAAACUAUGCGAUCGCUUGACGGAGAAGCUCAAGGAGCACUGCGAGGAGAACGGCCUUCCCAUGCCCGAGCACCCCCACAAAACUAGGAGUAAAAGGAAAUCCGACGAGGGGGGGACAACGGAGACCCAACCUGCGAAGAAACCUCGGAAGACCAAGCCAUAUGUGCCAACUUUGCGGUCUGGUCCUUACGCUAUUAUCUUGGCUCUCUCGACCCUGGAAGAGAAUGCGUCCCAGGGCAUGACAAAAUCGCAGUUGAUUGAGACAGCGCAGCCGCACUGCGAGAGUUCGUUCACAGCCCCGAGCGACUCGUCCAAGUUCCACACUGCAUGGGCGUCAAUGAAGACCCUCCUUCAGAAGGAGCUUGUCUACGAUUACGGCCGCCCACUGAAGAGAUACGCUCUCACGGAAGAAGGCUGGGAAGUUGCCAAACGAAUCAAGGCGGCUGCGCCGUCAAACCCGAACCAAAGAACGCUAUCUUUCCGAGCUGAGUCUACUCAGCCCGCUGCAAGCAAUGUCCCCUCUGAUCGCGCACCCAGCGAUGUCAUACCACAGGCUGUACGGCAUGAGAGCAUCGGCUACGAAACAGCGUCUCAGAAUCCUCAACCCCCUCACGCAAUUGAUGCGGCGUUUGAUGGAACAGUUACUCCCAUCGUGAUCCCACCGAACAGCUUCACAGUCCAGCUGGUCCUGGACGUUCGCGAAGUGCGGUCCUCCCGAGACAGGGACUACCUUGCCAACGAGCUCAGCAAGAAGGGCGUCACCCCCGAGGUGCGCGCUCUCGAGCUAGGCGAUGUCAUGUGGGUGGCCAAGUUCCACGACCCCACGUUCUUGUCUCAGUACGGCGAGGAAGGCGACGAGAUCAUGCUGGACUGGAUCGUAGAGCGCAAACGCCUGGACGACCUUAUCGGCUCCAUGAAAGACGGCCGCUUCCACGAGCAGAAGUUCCGACUCCGCCGCUCCGGGAUCAAGAACGUCAUCUACCUCAUCGAAGAAUUCACCUUCAGCCAAGACCCCACCAUCACCUCGAAAUACGAAGAGAUGGUCGCCUCCGCCAUCGCGUCUACGCAGGUGGUGAACGGCUACUUCGUGAAGCGCACCAAGAACCUGGACGACUCCAUCCGCUACCUGGCGCGAAUGACCUGCCUGCUGCGCAAGAUGUACGGUACCGCGUCGUCCUACGAAGCACCACCACCUCCGUCUCACACCCUGGCGUUAAUCCCCAGCCGGCAACUGUCGUCCUCGGAGUCGUACCUCGAGACGCUCGCGCGGUUCCGCGCCGAGAAGCCGAGCACAACCUUCGCCGUGACCUUCUCGACGUUCUCGGCGCUGACCUCUAAAUCCGACGUCCUAACGCUGCGCGAUGUCUUCCUAAAGAUGCUCAUGUGCAUCCGGGGCGUCACGGGCGAGAAGGCCUUGGAGAUCCAGCGGCGGUGGCCGACCCCGCAGGCGUUUGUCCAGGCAUUCGAGGUGUUGGGGGUCAAGGACCGGGAUAAUUUGGUCUCGGAUCAGAUGCAGACACUCGUGACGCGGAAGAAGAUCGCGAAGGUCCUGAGCAAGAAGAUUGCUGAGGUUUGGGGUGAGAAUGGAUAGGUGUUACAGAUUGGUCGUUCAUCGGCAUUGGACUUGGACGUAUUGAUAAUGUGGCUUAGUUGGGUCGGUGAAGCUGGAACGCUUGGUGCUAUCAAGAUAUUGAAUUGACUUAGGCUGUUUUGAUAGCCUCACGCAAUAGAGUUAGACACUACGUAGACACUGCAGCAUGGAG